ACCUCUGCAGUACCUCUCUUGCUCAUUCCUCCCUGUGCCGGCUGGGGAGACACGCGCUUUCUGCUUUUCUGCCUGGCUGCUGGCUCUGCUCCAGCAUCCCUCCGUGCCUCUCGUGUGCCUGCUCCCACCUCCAGCCUAUGUCUCCCCCUGUGGGGUUUAUUGGCCAGCCUGUUUCCCUGUCUGUCGCUGCUGCUGCUGGAGCCGUAGAGCUGUUUCACUGCUACGCCGCUACCAAUCUGCCUCGCUUUUCCUCUCUGCCUUUUGCUCCACGCUCUCCUAUGCUGGAUAAUCACCACUCAGUCUACAAGAGACAGUGACAGAGGACAGGAAGGGAGGGAGAGAGACGGAGAGCCUGCGCUCUUCAUUCAGCUGCUGCAUUCUUCAGCUUGUCUCUCCCUGAGCUUUCCUGGGCUGCUGGAGAGGAAACCACUGGUUUGCGAGAGAGCUCCCCCAAGGAAUUUAUUCUACUCUUUAUCUACUCUAAUCCUUCUCUUUGCGCUUCCUCCCUCUGUUCAUUUCUGGGACAGAGUGCAGAGGAGGAGAAAAGAAGGAGGUACUGAGAGCAGGACUUCAGACUCAGCUGCACAGCUCAGUGUCCCGCCUUGCUCCAAAGACACAUAAGACAAGCACACACACACACACACACAAAGAGACACAUCAAGACACAUCGAGACACAUCGAGACACACAUUUUUGCAUAGAUUGGACUCAGUUCAGGCUGACCAGACUGGCAGACGGGGACAGAUUGACAAAGACACACAUUCUUUACAUACACAAAGACAGACAACAACACAGACGGACAGACUUGGUGUCAUGGCGUCAGUGGACAGCACUGGUUCCAGUGUCUCUGGUCGGCUGAGAUCAGGGGAUCUACUUCAUGCUGGUCUGGUAGUUUCACUGCUGCUUGGUGUGUGGAGUGUCGGUGGCCUGGAGGUCUCGACAGGUAAAGUGUCUUCAAUUGAAGCAAUGAAUGGCUCCACAGUUCUGCUGCCCUGCACCUACUCCUCCUGCAUUGGCAUCAAAAACCUCUACUUCAACUGGCACUAUUAUGACAAUGGAACCAUGCUCAAGUUAUGUGAAGCGGUGAUUCCCAUUGAGGGUGUGGAGCCCAAGGUCAGUGUGUACCAUGAGCGUGUGGAGUUUGUCGGCUCCUCAAAGACCAACAACAUCUCCAUCCUGCUGUGGAACAUCACCUUCGAAGAUGAGGGAGAGUACAUCUGUUUCGCCAGGAACCCAAAAGAGAAGAACCGCAACCACAGUGCCAUCUACACUCUUAUAGUGGUGGACCAAAUGAAGGAGGUUGACAAUACUUUGACAGUCAUCAUUGUCUCAGUGCUGGGUGGAGUCAUUGGCUUAGUUAUCAUUAUCAUGGUGAUAAAGGCCUUGGUUGUUCACUUCCUGCUGAAGGAUGAUGAGAAGAAUAAAGAGUGCCUGGUGAGCUCCUCAGGGAAUGACAACACAGAAAAUGGACUUUCAGGAGCCAAAGCUGACAACAAAGGGACACCAAAGGCAUAAGCAAAAUGCAAAGUAUGUCUGUAUGUUUGUAUAUAUGUUAGACAAAUGUACACGCUGGGAGGAAAUGCUGUUUUCAGUGGACUGUUUUAUCUUGCUAGUGGCUAACUAAUACAACAUGUACAUGUCUAUUUUAAAUCAUGCUUGAGAUUUGGGAAGUGUGAAAUGUGCAAAGGCCUGGAUCGCUCUUUCACCUACAUGGCAGCCCGUCUGUAACACGGCAUACAGCCUCUGUUAUCGAACUCUGCUCUACAUCGUACUGAAACCUGACACUCUCUACAGUAGAGCCUCGCCUCAACUCUCUGCCUGUAGUUACAUAUCCUUGUGGUUUUCAUACCCUUAUUUUCUUAUUCAGGUUACAUCUUCAAACACACUACACUUUUUUUUUACUUUGAACCCUCUAUAACCAUGAUACAACUAAUAGUAACUAUUACAUCAUUUUCGAGGAAAACCUUUGCACAAAGCAGAUCCUCAGUUGUCUUAAGUUCUUUAUUUAUAGAGCAAAUUUCAAUAUUUAGCUGUCAAAAUACAGUUACCAGUGUCAGUUGACAAGCUAAAGUAUGUUUAACUUUCAGUUUGUAAUUUGUGGGACUUUUGUAUAAAAACAAAUCUAACCGGUGGGAAUACGCACCUGCCAGGAUGAAUCACCACAAUCUAUGAACUGCCUUCAUGUCAACAGAACAACAGCAGGAAACUGCUGAAAGGCUUCUCCUCCGACCACCUCUCUUGACACUGACCCAAAUCCACCUGUAAACCCAAACCAGAGGACCACUGGGGGGAAUUGAAUUGAGAGCAGGUGGUCAGUACUUUUACUGAAGUAAAGGAUCUGAGUACUUCCUCCACCACUGUGUAUACAACCACUAAUAUAUUUAAUAUGUUUUCUAACAAGUUAACACACCUAACAAGUAACACAACUCUGCUGUGUUACCGGCUGACUCUCCGCUGUUAAGAAAGGUGGCCUUGUGGUAUAACUUGUGUAUAUGAUGUAGAAUAGCAGGUUUGUUGUGGGAAGCAAGUCUCCAGCAAUCACAGAAACGUAUAUGCUAAUAGGGGUAAUUAAGUCACCUUAGUCAGCCGUAAUAUGGCUAUUUAAGCAUUACAGUUACGGAAAAUAUUGUGUUCGCUGUCACAGAAGAGAAAUAACAAGUCCGUGUUCAUGCAGUGUUACAACAUUCUUCACAGCAGAGUUGUGUGCAACUUACCAUGGAUAAAGCACUGAGCUAGCUAGAUAAUGACAGAUAGCUAGAUAGCGACAGUGACAGCGAGGGUAAAUUCGAGAAUUGCGAUACAAUUACUGAUGGUCAUCCAUUACAUGCCGCAGCUGUGUGCAGAUGAUGCAAAACAAAUCGUGGUCAUUCAACUUAUGUGUUGUAUUGAUAAGAGUUUGCAGUGAAGUAGGCCUAUUUCAACAACCCUGAUGUCACUUUAUUUUAUACGCCAAAGAAGUUUUUCACUCACAUUUGGAGUGCUAAUUUUGGACACUGGGUGAGAGACACAAGAAUUGGCAAGCAUGGGAUGCAUAUUUCAUAAUUUAUUAGAAUCAGAUCAUUUAAACCUAUAUGUCAUUUACAGUAGAUUAUCAGUGUGCUUCCUUGCGAAAUUCACUCAUGGCUGUACCCACACUGGCCCACUCUGUCUGACUGACAAGCCCUCAGGGCAGCUCUACUGCUUCGUCUCCUCACGUUGGACUGAGGGCAGACUGGACUCAGUCACUCCCUAUCACAUCUCGAGGCACAAGUGGUAUUACAACACAGGACGAGAUGGAGCUAGCUUGUUAGCACGAUAACUUCAGUAGAUAUCUCUGCAACACAAUAGAUAGACUUCUUUGACAUGACGUCGGAACUUUUACUUCUUCACAUUCUGUGGAUCAUGCAAGUUAAUUUUUUUGAAUGUUUUACUUUAACAGUUCUGUCCAAAUCUUACACAUUGAAGUUCAACUUGCAUGUUUACUGCUUCAUCCAAGUUUGACACAUUGCUGGGGUGUUUGGUUCAUUAAUGCUGACAGCAGAUUUUGAACAACUACUGGCAAGAUAAGGCUGACAAGCGGGCUCCUUUUAGGUGACUGAAGGAUUCCGUUCUGCACAGGUUUUAUUGUUUUGCUUUAGAUGAAACACAGGUGCCUGUUCUGCUUCUGCUCCCCCUGCUGGUGGGAGGAUAAAAAUAUAGAAAAGUAUUAAAAAACAACCAACCCUAACCCUCAUCAAAGACAAUCCCUAGACUACCCAGCUCCCCAUAGAAAUGAAUGAACUUAAUCAUGCUGCUUCUGACAAAUAACCAAUGCAUUUUUAGCAUGUGCGCAUUUUCUAUACCUUCAUAUAAGUAUGUUGUCUAGCACCACAGUACACGACUAUUUCUGUGUCUCUAUGUAUGCUCUCAUUUAACCCUUCACAUUGACCUCAACUGACUGAAGCUCUGUCAAUGAAUCAAUAAGAGCCUCCCAACACUGCUACAACAUUUCUUACCCCUUCAACCAAGUCAAGGUGAAUAAAAGGUGACUUACUUACACUUAGGCUGUGUCCGAAAUCACCCACUACUCACUAUAUAGUGGACUCCAUAGUGAGCUCAUCAUUUUGUAGUGCUGCCCGAAUGUAGAGUGAUAAUUAUUAUACCCUAUAUAGUCCACUCAGUGUAUCCCAGUAUGCAUUUUGAGAAGUAGUGUACAACUGACGGUCACUAACCAAGCCCUACAUACCAUCAUGCAUUGCGCUGAUAGAAAAAAACAGUCCACCAGCAGAUUGUCCUAUGGCAAUGACGUAAUUAAAUAACGAUCGGAGUAGUGUCCGAAAGUACUGUUUUAAUAGUGAGCUCACUACAUAGUCCUCUACAUACUCUCCUACAUAGAGGGUAGGGAGUAAUGAAUGAGUGGUCAUAUCGGACACAGCCUUACUUAUUCAAUAGCAAGUAUCCACUUUUUCACACUUGAAUGCAGACUCUAAAUGGCUACUUUGCAAUACACACUUGCUCUGAUAACCAUAAGAAAAUAUUUUCACACAUACACGUUUUCUGAAUCGUGCUGAGAUAGUCCAAACACGUCCAUUGAUACUGGCUCAGCAAUAUAGGUAGAAUAGCAUUGGGGCAGACUGCUAAAGAAUGUAAUGACUGUCAGGGAAUAGAUGUCUAAAAAGUAUAUUUCAAUUUAUUAUAAAAAAAAAUUAUAUUCAACAUGGUAAUGUUACUAUCAAACGAAUGUAUGAAUGUCCCAAUAGGCCAGUGGUUCAAAUUCCUUUGCCAACUUAUUCUGUGUGACUCUACAAGCAGCCAAUCCUUUGAGUGUUUUGCUCAGUUCAAAGUUCAGAUGAGCAAAACAACUGCUUGCUGUGACUGUGUCUAAAUAUUUGGACAUUAUAAGAAAUUUGAGUUGGGUUUCUAAAUAGCACUGGUGUCUUAGCACUGAACAUUUUAUUGUUUUUAGUAAACGUCCGGAUUAACAUGUGCUCAAGAGCAUGGAGGGAACUGGGAGCUGUUGAGAGUAAAUUAACUAAUUGAAAAAAGAUAUUAUUAUAUACAAAUUUAAAUGUUAGACCAUGCACCAACUAUACAGCUUUCGACAUUUCAGAAGUAAUCACCUUGUGUAAAAAUAGGAAAAGUCAAAAAAGUCUUCAUAAUAUAUGCAUAAAUUUGAUCUUGUGAUAAGUCAGCGUGGAUGAACUUAGUGCUAAGAUGCCUGCUGGAAACUGGAACCCGUUCUCUAUGUGACUCUCAGUACGAGAGGUCAAGCUGGCAGACAUGAUCUGCCACACCCUCACACAUAACUUGAAUAGCUAUGAUAGCUGAAAGCUACACACAAAUAUACGCACACACAUACACCCCUACACAUGCACUCAUACACUAAGAGUAACUUUGAUACCAGAGUGUUAGUACACUGUCCUUGCAUACAAACAAUAUAGCACUUUACCACAGUUUAGAGUGGGUGCACAAAACGCAUGAAAUUAUUGAAGUGACUUCAAAAUCAUUGUUCUUCUUCUUGUACAAUAUAUUAGAAGAGCUAACAAAAACUAUCAAUUUCACUUGUUUUUCAAGUUUGACUGAGUACCUGACAACAGCAUUGUGUCAUAAUGGUUUUAGCACUGACUGACUACAUGUCAAUGUAUCAACGUGUCAAUGGAACAGAGUUUUAUGGCAAGCUUUUAUCUUAUUUUUCUAAUUGUUCACUCCCGUCAGCCUGCUGCUCUGUAAUACUGGAGUGCAUAUCCCUUUUUGCUUUCAAUGGAAGCAAUAAGACAGACAUCCGUUUAUGCAAUAACCUGUUAUAAGGCACUUUAUAGAUGUGUCUGGACAGGCUAUGAUGGUAACUUUGUCUGUCCAAGGCACUGUUCAUUGUACCGAUGUAUGUAUCUACACUGUACAAGUGUAUCUCAGUGUAUCAACAUGAGACUACAUUAAACAGGUUUAUCUGCUUUGGAAAACUGUAAUAGCUGCUAACAUUGUAACUAUAACUGUGCAGUGUUAGAAGUGAUACUUGUUGUGUUGUAAAACUGUGAAUGUUAUGGAAAUGAGGGAGCACCACACACACACACACACACACACACACACACACACACACACACACACACAGACACACACUGUCUAACAAGAUGUGUGUUCAGAUCCUUCUGUAAAGACGGUACAUAUAUCCAAAGUCUUCCUGUGGGGAAAGGCAAUAUUGUGGGGUUGAUCUGUAUGUUAGUGUACUUUUCAUACCACAUAGCUUUAACCCUAUUAUAGAUUAACAAAUAGGUGGUUUCAUGUAGGGACUGUGAUGCAUAACUUGUGUAUUUGUGGCCCAUUGUUUCUGCAGUGAAGCCCAUUAACCCUGCCUUUAUGUUCAAGGAGAUUCCUCCUUAUCUCUGACUUUCUCUGCCAGUAUGAAUUUAUUUCCCUGUGGUAAAACAACUACUGAAAAAGUGGGAAAAAAUGCCAUACCAAAAUAUGUCCAGCAAAGCAGUCACAGGUAUGUGAGGAGGGUGUUCUAGUGAUGUUCUGUUUUAAUGGAGGCCGGAUAUAUGAGUGACAGAUACAAAAUGCAAUCUGAUUUAAUGCAUGUAUGCUGUAGGUGUGGAACAGCUGCUUUUAUAACCACAUGAAAUUAUACUGGGUUAUGAAAUCGCCACAAUUUUAACAAUUUUUUAUAUAAUUUUUUUGUUUGUUUGUUUUCUUACAUAAACCCCUUACUAGAUUUUGACCUGCCUGGCUCAAAAAGAAAAAACAAAACUUGAACCUUACAUGAUUCUUGAGGUCAGCCAACAGCUUGCAGUGAUUGCUGCAGUACCGAGGAUGCCCUGUACAGUGUAGGAGCGUCUCUGCAGUGGUGCAAUACAGUAAAUAAAGUAGGACUGCCACCCAGUGGUAGAUGCCCAACACAUCAAAUAAUUUCCUCUAGUGGAGGCUGAUCUGACAUACAAUUCAAACAUGCACUUGUUGCAGUUUGAAUCAGAUUGAAAAAGACUGUAUGAUAAAAAAAAAAUGUGUCAACUUAACUUAAAGCUAAGAUUCAAAUUGUAUGUAAUUGAGUGAUAAAAUCAUGCAAUUUCCAUAGUUAAAACAAUACAUGGUUAUAAAUGGUUUUGAAAUACCUAGUUGCUAAUUGCUUUAGAUAAUGCUACUCUUUAGAUUGUUUAUAAGUAUACAUAAUUGUAAUCCCUGUGCCUACUGGGCAUUUUAUUUACAUUUAAAAAGGGGUGAUGUGUAUGCAUAUGUUAACACUAAAUCUGUUAGGAAAAGGAUCCACAUAACAAUUUGUACAAAUAGGAAUCCUUUAUCAAAUGGCUCACAGAGUGAGCAAUAAAUAGUUACAGAUAGUCUAAGUGUUACUGUCACGUUAUUCACUAAAAUAACAAAGUGUUAGGAUUUCUGAUUGACCACUAUGAUUGAGUUAGUAUUGCUCUUACUGCCAGAGCGGCUGAAACUCACACUGCCAAUCCAAGAGUCUCACGUCUGCUGUUGUUACAACACUAUUACAAUGUCACACAACUGACUUAGUACACUUACACUACUAAAACAUGUUGUAUUACCGUCUACUGCUGUAUUAAUGGUAUUUCAGUAUCAAAUUGUUGAUGAUAUUGCUCUAUGCUACUCCUGUAUUUCUAGCAACUGAAACUCACACUGCCAAGCCAAGAGUCUGACGUCUGCUCUCUGCUUCCCACAUUCCACACAGAUCAAAAUAUCAAACCGCAAAUCUAAUGUUGGUGUAGUUCAGCAGAAAAGUUAACUUUACUAAAAACCUGAUGAAAUAGGAGCAGUAUGUUCUUAUUUUUGGCACAAACACAACUAUUUUCCUUUGCAAGACAUUUGGUGAACUUUGUUCAAAUUAUUGUUAGAGCUGCUAAACUAUGAUGCAUAUUGUGACCUAUUGUGUGUCAAUAUUGUAUUACACGUCCAGCAAACUGCCUCCUACUGUAGCUGGCCAGCUAUUUGAAUUAUAAUAAGCAUAGGCUGACACUGACCUUUUCACAUGUUGUCACUGUUGUCCUGCAUUAUAAACAAUUUCAGAAAUAUGUUUUACAUCCAGUAGCAGUAAACGUAACUCAGUCUGAAUCAAAAUAACAAAUCCAUAUCAACACACAUUUUAUCUUAAACUAUCCAAGGCCACUGACGUAAUACAAAUUACAGUAUUCUACAAUAAGUCCACAUCAUGAGGCACAGUCCAUUCAACACACACACACACACACACACACACACACACAGACACAAACACACACAACAAAUCUGCAACCCCAGGUUUGCUGCAUCAACUUUCCUCUGAAUGUUCAGCUGUUUGUAUGUAUUUGUGACCAUGUUGCUCAUGCUCCCUUCAUGACUAUGCACCUCAAACUUUUGACUUGUUAAAAAAAUAUGUAUCAGAAAUAAAAUGUUGAUUGAAAUUCCCA